UAAUGGUUUCUGGUGCUUUGAUCUUUAGUAUAACGGUCCUCGUGAAUUCUAUUGUUUGCAUGCGUAUACGGGAGAGAAAUCCAUCUGGAAUUAUACUUGGAAAUCCUGCUUUCAGAACUUUUUUAGCUUUACCAGAAGACCUUCCUGAUGUUUACACCAAGAUACGUAAUGGCCCCCUGAUUCCAGUCCUAGGUCCUUUAUGUGUAGUAGCAAAUUAUGAUUACAUCGUUGGAUGGUGGCAUAAUGGUGCAUUUCGUUCAAUAUUUAACUCUGACGGGAAUAUAAUUAUGAAAAGUAUAAGAAGCGGAACUACCCAUAUAAUGAGGUAUCAAAGUCCCGGAAACGAUCCAGAUCAAAUUUAUUUAAGCAUAGAGCAGGCUGUUCGGGAUCGUUCUAGAAGCCCAAUCAGAGGCCGGAUGAAUUAA